AUGCAACCACUCGAUCUAGAGGAAAUCAUUCACAUUAUUUAUUCCUUCAUCACACCAUCAAAUGGAAAUGUCAUUCGAUUUGCAGCUGUCAGUUCUACUUUCCGACAUGUGGUGAAAAAUUCCACAGACAAAGAAAGUUGUUUUCAUUGUGAAAUGAUUCGGCCAAAAGUAGAAAUUGGCAAAAGAGAGGAUUUUUCAUCGGCCGCUGAAUACAAGAUGCACUGUUAUACGAAACAAGUGAAGGAACCUUUAGAAUAUAGAAAUGAAUUGGAAAAUUGUGGAGAAGUGUUAAAAUUAUUUACCAAUUAUUCCUUUUUUCAUUGUAAAUUGAAUGGAGAACAGUAUGUGGAGUUAUUCGAAUCUAGAAUAUUGAAACGUUUAGAGUUUAAAAUAUCGGAUUUUAUACCUGAGAAUAUUCCACAAAAUUCUACUUUGAAAUAUUUAGUAUUGAGAGAAGUUUCAUUUAAAGAAACAGACUGGAUUAUUCUACGUGAAAGAUUGCCAUAUUUAGAAGGUUUAAAGGUCUUUUUUUAUCAUAAUGAAAUAUUGAAUAUGAAACAAUUGAAAUAUCUCUACAUUGAAGAUAACAGUAUUAAUAACCAAAUUGUAAACCAAAUAUUACACACACCAUUUGAAAAUCUUGAAAAACUGGAAAUUGUUUCUUAUCAUAUUAAUGAGAUUGAGAAAUUUCAUCUUCCAAAAUUGAAAGAAUUAGGUUUGAUACACCCCAUGUCUGUCCAUUGGCAACACUCCAUGGAUGACAUAAGUGUAAGAAACGUCUUGUCAAGCAUUAAAGAUAGUGCGGAAAAAUUGACUAUAUGGUUUGGAUUGGACCAAAGAAUUUUCUAUGAAAUUUCACCUUCUUACAAGUUGAAGAGUUUAACAAUUGAGAACCCUUCAGACGAGUUCACAAACAAGUUUACAUCCUCAACAGGUAUUAAGCUGGAACAUUCCUGGUGGACAAUAAGAAAUUGA